AUGUCGCAGCUGGGCUGCGUAGCGAGUUGUCGGUAUUUGGAGGUGAACAGCGCCUGGGCGUUUGCGACUCUCCGUGAGGUGGACGGACAACUCUUUCGGGCUCUCGAAGAGCGCUGUCUCAGCGGUAGUGGGUGCCUUCUCGUCGAUGCCACGCCACAGCAGCUUGCGAACCUAACAUGGGCCUUCGCGACUGUCGGGCAUGGCUCCGAAGGCGAACUAUUUGAGCUGGUCGCGCGGGAAGCCCGCCCCAAAUUGGGCGAUUUCUCCAUGCAGGGCAUUGCGAACCUCGUUUGGGCUUUUGCAACUGCCGGCGUGGAUGCGACGGAGCUUUUCCAGGCAGUGGGCGAUAAGCUGAUGUCGGAUGGUGGGAGGCUCCUCGAUCGAAGCCCGGAUGCGCAGAUCGCGUUUGGUGUCGAUCUGACCGCCGUGCUGCAAAGUUUCCGCGCCAGAGGCUUCACACAUCCUGUGAUGCACUGGGCCCAGACUGAGGGCCUGCGCCAGCUGGGACAACACCUGGACCUGACCAUCGUCGGCUCCUUAUCCCCCGCGCCCAGGUCGUUGGGCACCCUGCCUGACAUGCCAGAGUUCGUUUUCAACGAUGAGGAUCGUUGUGUGGUGUUAAAGCCUCCGGGCUGGCAGGUGGACACGGAGGGCGACGAAGAGGAUUUCAUCGAGGAAGCACACUCCGCGCGGGAGAUGCUCUCCGGCUUCAUGAUCUCCACUUUCUCCGGCAUGCAGCUUCCAAUUCUGACGGACCGCCGUUGCAAGAAGGGCUUCCUUCACAGGUUAGAUGUACCAAGCUCUGGCCUGAUCUUGGCAGCAAAGACGUACGACGCCUACUUCGAUUUGCUUGGGCAGCUGGCAUGUGGCAACAUCUCUCGCGAUUACGUCGUGAUGCUGCAUGGCUUCCUGGCUGCGUCACGAGGAAUUUUCCAGGUCUCCUUGGACAAGGACGUGGGUGCCACGUGGUCCGCCAAGAGCGCUGUGCUAGAAAGUGGAGGCAAAGCCUCCUCCACACGAUUGCGCGUGGGCGGCUAUGUUUUCGCACAGCAGCACCAGCCGCUGACCAUCGUGGCGAUGCGGAUUGAUUCCGGGCGGCGGCACCAGAUCCGAGUGCAGUCUGCCUACGCUGGCCAUCCCACAGUGACGGAUCGUCGCUACACAGUGGAGCUUGUCUACGACGCUGACGCCCGUUGGUGCAAGCGCAACUUCCUGCAUCGUUUCAGCUUGGCAUUCUGCGACUCGGAGGGUGCCCACCAGAGUGCCAGAGCAGCACUGCCGACGGACCUUCGCGAGGUUAUGUGGCACGUAACACCCAAAGAAAU